AUGAAGUUCUCGACUCUUUCUACCCUUGCUGGUCUCCUCAGCAUUGGAGCCGCGAACCACAUUCAAGAAGUCGUCUGUAUAGAUCCACCGCCAUACACAGUCACUGAAACUGUCACUGUGACUGCCUGUGCCACUGCAAACUCGCAAGUCACUGCAGCUGCUAUCAAGCCACCCUAUGUGACAACAGCCGGCUCUCAAGUCACCUCUGUUGAUUACUCCGGAACCAAAACCUCAGUCUGGGUCUAUCCAACUGGCACUGGAAGCCACGACUGCACCGUCGCUGUUUAUGAGCAGAACACCGUCACCGUCAUUAUCGUCAACAUCAGCGUUACCGUCAUCAACGGCCUUCCAACAACCGUGACAUCCACAGUCACCAAUGGACCAAAGCCAACAUGGAUGCCUACCCCACCACCGCCACCACCAGCUAGCACAACCACUGUCACACCCCCAACUGGCACUGGCAAAGUCCAUCUCGUUAUCGUUGGCGCCGACGGCGAUCUCAAAUACAAAGACAACCAAGUCACCGCCCAAAUCGGCGAUAUCAUCCGCUUCGACUUCAACUCUACCAACCACACCGUAACCCAAUCCUCCUUCCUCGAGCCUUGCAAACCACUCGCAGGCGGGUUUAACACCGGCUUCAACCAAUUCAACAACGCAAGUAAGACCGGCCUCAUAUUCCGUGACUACAAGGUUGAAGUCUCCACCCCUCUCUGGUUUUACUGCGCCCAAGGGGCCCACUGCAAGAAGGGAAUGGUCCUCGCCGUCAACCCGGGCAACAAGUUCCCCGAGUUCUUGAGCCGCGCGACUGAUACCGCUACGGCCACUCCUAUCUCGACUGGCAAACCAACCACGACUUCCGGUGUCGCUUCCUCUACUGGUGGCAUCUACAUCCCAGGUGUACCAGCCCUAUCCUCCUCUUCCGCCAUAACAUCUGGCACCGCGGCUCCAACAGGCGGGAUCUACGUCCCUGGCGUCUCGGCGCCAUCGGCUCAUGGACCGUACAAUCGUCCGGCGGUUAAGGCUCGUCGUGGUUACUUUGCUUAA